AUGGCCUCGUCGGACACACCACCGACGGCGUGCCGCUGGCGCAUCCUGGCGACGGUCAUCGUCGUCGAGAGCGUGGGCGGCCUCAUGUACGCCUUUGGGAUCUACUCGGCGCGGCUCAAGAGCAAGUUCUCCCUAUCGCAAGAGCAGCUCGACGCCAUCAGCAUCUCGUCGUCGCUGGGCUCGAACGUGGGCGUCCACUGGGGCCUGCUCACGGACGCCGCGGGCCCAAGCGCCGCGCUGUGCGCGGCGCUCGUCGCCGGCGGCGGCGGCUGGCUCCUGCUCUGGUCCGCGCUCGGCGGCGUCUCCGGGCUGCGGGGGCUGCCCUGGGCGUACCUCUGCGCGUUCGCGCUGCUCCAGGGCACGGCCAUGUGCGGCAGCGACGUCGCGUCGAUGACGACGAUCGCCAAGGCCUUCCCACAAAACCGGGGCCGGGCGACGGGUCUGGUCAAGGCCAUGGUCGGCCUCUCCGCGGCGCUCGCGGCGAACGUCUACGUCGCCGUGGAGCCCGCGCUCCGGCUCUACGUGCUGCUCAUCGCGGGCGCCUACGUCGGCGCCUGCGCCGUCGGCGCCGCGCGCCUGCGCGCGGGCGACAUCCUCGCGGCGGGCGCGCGCGAGCGGCCGGAGGACGACGCGCCGCGGCUCGCUUCUAUCCUCGCGCGCGUCGUCGGCCUCGCGGUCUUCUACCUCGCGCUCCAGCUGGCCAACGCCUUCGCGCCCGUGCCCGCCGCCGGCCGCUACGCGACGGGCGCGUGCGCGGUGCUGGCGCUCGUCGGCGGCGUCGUCCGGCCCGCGGCGGCCGCGGGCGCCGGCGGCGGCCGCGCCGCGCCGCUCGCGGCGCCCCUCGUCGCCCCCGCGCCCAAGGCGCCCGUCCGGAGCGCGACGGCGCUCGAGGCCUACGGGAGCGCGGAUUUCUGGCUCCUCUGGUUCGUCUGCUUCGCCGUCUGCGGCUCGGGCACCGUCGUCAUGAACAACCUGACGCAGAUCGCCAAGGCCGCGGGCAUCGCGACCAAGGGCGCGACGGUCCUCGUCGCGCUGCUCUCCAUCUCCAACUGCCUCUGCCGCGUCGCCGCGGGCUACGCCUCGGACCGGACCGCGGCGCGGGGCGUGCCUCGGUCCGCGCUCCUCGCGGCCGUGAGCGUCGCCAUGGCCGGCGCGCACCUCCUGGGGCUCCCGGCCUCCAAGGGCUCGGUCUACGUUUUGAGCGUGCUGAGCGGGGGCGCCUACGGCGCCGUCGCGACGGUGCACCCGCUCGUCGCCGCGGACCGCUUCGGCGUGGCCCACCUCGGCGCCAUCUACGCGUCGAUCACGACGGCGAACGGCCUCGGGUCCUACCUGGGCUCGAACGUGCUCGCCGCGCGGCUCUACGACGCGGCCAACGCGCCGGGCCACCAGGUCUGCGAGUCGUCCGCGCGGGGGACGUCGUGCGACUGCGUCGGCGCGCGGUGCUUCGCCGACACGUUCCUCGUCUGCGCGGCGCUCAACGGGGCCGCCGCGCUCUGCUGCGUCGUCCUGGCGCGGCGCGAGGCGCGGCGGCGGACCGCGGGCCGCGAGGAGGCGGGCGCGAGGGUCGAGGCCGCGGCGCCCCGCGCGCCGUACUACCCGCCCGUCGCGCCGCCGAGCGCCGACGCCGUCGACUUCGCGCGGCUCGCCUCCGACGACGAGUCCGACGCGGAGGGCGGGCCGGGCGACGGCGGCCACGGACGACGCGUCGGAGGCGUAAGGUUGAUGCUAGGUUAG